AUGCUGUUUGCCAGUGUUGGAAUUCAAGAAAGAUUAUUUAGACAAACGAUCAGCCUAUUUUCAUUUUAUUGUCCGUUAAUCUGUUUCGUUAGGUCCACCCUUCUCCUCUCUAUAGACAAACCGUUUCAAGUAUGUCUUGGUUUUCUCUCUCUCUCUCUCUCUCUCUCUCUCUCUCUCUCUCUCUCUCUCUCUCUCAGUUUCUUUCUGUAUUCUUUUCGCUUUCUUUUAGUCUGUCGCACUUUUUAUUUUUCUGGUUUUUUUUUCAUUCUGCAUAAAUUACUCUUUCUUUUCUCUCUCUCUCUCUCUCUCUCUCUCUAUCUAAUUAUCCCUUUCUCUAUUAUUCAUUUUUUUUUUUUCUUGGUUUGUUUCCUUUUUCUGCAUAAAUCACUUUUCCUUUAUUUAUGUUUUUUCCUCCAUAUUUUCCUUUAUUUUAACUUCCGGUAUCUCUGCUUCUUAUUAUUAAUUUUUAUUCUCCCUCAUAACGGAAGAAACCAAUCUCCUUAUUUUCUUCUUUUUAACCUCCUCUCUCUAUUUCUCUGUAUUUUCUUUCUUUUUGUUUUUUCCUUUUCUUUUUCAUUUUUUCUGUCGAUCUUCUCGCUCCUUUUCUUCUUUCAUAAUUUAUAUACUUUUCCUUUCUUUUUCUCUUUCUCUAUUUCUUUCAUUUUUAUUUAUUUAUUUCCUAAAUUUUCAUUAAUUUUGUCAGGCUUUCGUUCUUAUUUUUUGGUUUCUUUUUCUUUUUUUUUUCUACCUACUCGCGUCUUUAUCUUCUUUUUCCUUCUUGCUCUAUUUUUAUAUUUCUUCUUUCUUACCUUGCCUUUUUCAUUCAUUUUCUCAGUCUUUCAUUCAUAUUUUAUAUCCUUUUUUCUUUCAUUUCUUUCUUACGAUGUUCUCGUUCCUUCACUUAGUAUUUCCUUCCUAUAUAUUUUUCUUUUCAUUUAUUUUUACUCUUUCUUUCUGAUUUUAUAUCAUUUUUUCUUUCUUUCUUUUGAUCUUCAAUUUUCUUUCGUUCUUUCAAAAUUCUUAUAUUUUCUUACAUUUCUUUCUUUUUAUUUAUUUUCCUCGUCUUUCCUUGAUUUUUUUGUCCUUUUCUUUCUUCCGCUCUUUCUUUGUUUUCUUCUUUCUUUCGUUCUUUCUUUCUUUCGUUCUUUCUUUCUUUCUUUCUUUCGUUCUUUCGCUAUUUCUUUAUUUCUUUCGUUCUUUCGCCCUUUCUUUCUUUCCUUCUUUCGUUCGUUCGUUAUUUCUUUCUUUCCUUCUUUCUUUCUUUCCUUUUCUUUCUUUAUUUUUAUUUAUUUUUCUUGCCUUACUUUUUAUGUCCUUUUCUUUCUUUCUUUCUGUCUUUCUUUCUUUCUUUCUUUCUUUUCGUUCUUUCGCUAUUUCUUUAUUUCUUUCGUUCUUUCGCCCUUUCUUUCUUUCCUUCUUUCGUUCGUUCGUUAUUUCUUUCUUUCCUUCUUUCUUUCUUUCCUUUUCUUUCUUUAUUUUUCUUUAUUUUUCUUUCCUUACUUUUUAUGUCCUUUUCUUUCUUUCUGUCUUUCUUUCUUUCUUUCUUUCUUUUCGUUCCUCUUGUUCCUUAAUUUAUCUUUCCGUCUUUCGUAUUUUAUACCUCUUUUUUUACUUUCUUUUCUUUCCGUCUGCUUUAUUCAUUUUCCCUUUCUUUCUUUAUACACGUUUCUUUCUUUUUCAUUAUAUCUUAUUUUAUUUUAUUACCUUCUCUUCCUCUCUAUUAUUUUUCUUUAUGUAAAUAUUUUAUUACCUUUAUUUGAUGUCCUUUAUAAUUCUAUAUAUUAUUUUCCUAUCAAUUUUCAUCUCGUUCACCCACAUCUUUUUCAAUUCUUCUCGUCACUAUCUCUUUAUAUCCCUAAGCCUUUUCUCUUUACACUUUUAUACACUUCUCUUUCUCUAUUUUUUUUUUGUUCUUUCUUUUCUUCGUUUUAA